AUGGAUUCCGACGAGAUUAUACCUGAGCCUACCCAGAAUGAGGAGGAGGACCUGGAUGAGAAGUACCCGAAUCGGCCUCAUAACCGCGCCCCAACAUUCCCAUUCCAUGAGCUGUACCUGAACCUCUUCAACCCACUCAGUGACAUCAAAAAGAAACCGAAAGGCCCUAGUCUAGCGCGACGAAAGGCUGGACCCCAGGGAAAAAGUACGGCGAGCUUGAAUCCAUAUGAGCUUCGGCGCGAUAUCAUCGCUCGUUUUAUUUCACGUUGGCGCAAGGAAGUGGGGGACGAUAUCUAUCCAGCCUUCCGGCUGAUACUACCGGACAAGGACAGAGAUCGGCCUAUGUACGGAAUCAAGGAAAAGGUCAUUGGAAAGAUGUUGGUCAAGAUUAUGAAGAUCAACAAGGAGUCAGAGGACGCUUCCAAUCUACUGAAUUGGAAGCUGCCAGGCGUGUCCGCUGCGCGUAUGGCGGGCGACUUCGCUGGGCGAUGCUACGAUGUUCUGUCAAAGCGGCCGAUGCGGACUGAGCCGGGUGAUAUGUCUAUCGAGGAGGUGAACAAAAAGUUGGACGACCUCUCGGCUGCCUCCAAAGAGGACCAGCAAACGCCUAUUCUGACGGAGUUCUACCGGCGCAUGAACCCGGACGAGCUUACAUGGCUCAUUCGAAUCAUUCUUCGACAGAUGAAGGUUGGAGCCACUGAGCGUACACUUUUCAAUGUCUGGCAUCCAGACGCCGAGAACCUGUACAGCAUCUCCAGUAGCCUGCGCCGGGUAUGCUGGGAGCUUCAUGAUCCAAAUAUUCGUCUUGAGGCGGGGGACCGAGGGAUCUCGCUUAUGCAGUGCUUCCAGCCCCAGCUGGCUCAAUUUCAGAUGCAUUCGUUCGAAAAAAUGAUCUCGCGAAUGCAACCAACGGAGGAUGACCCCGUCUUUUGGAUUGAAGAAAAAAUGGACGGAGAGCGUAUGCAGCUUCAUAUGGAUCAAGACGAAUCCGUCCCAGGUGGUCGCAGGUUCUGUUUCUGGUCCCGGAAAGCCAAGGAGUAUACGUACCUCUAUGGAAGUGGAAUAUACGACGAGAAGGGAACCUUGACAAGACACCUUAAAGAUGCCUUUGUGGAUGGGGUGCAAAACCUCAUCCUUGAUGGCGAAAUGGUGACAUGGGAUCCAAAGCAGGAUGCACCCGUUCCAUUUGGUACGCUGAAAACUGCAGCUCUGGCAGAGCAGCGUAAUCCUUUCUCUGAUGGACCGAGGCCUUUGUUCCGUGUGUUUGACAUCCUCUAUCUCAAUGGGAGGGACCUGACACGGUAUACUCUUCGCGACCGUCGCAAUGCCCUACAGAAGACAGUUCUUCCUGUUCAUCGCCGCUUUGAGAUUCUCGAAUACCACGAAGCUACCACUGCAGCAGACGUGGAGAAACGUCUGCGGACGGUCGUGGCUGAGGCGUCAGAAGGUCUGGUUUUGAAGAAUCCUCGGUCCCCAUACCGCCUGAAUGAGCGCCACGAUGAUUGGAUGAAGGUCAAACCCGAGUACAUGACCGAAUUUGGAGAAUCUCUUGAUCUAGUGGUCAUUGGUGGAUACUAUGGCUCUGGCCACCGAGGAGGCGCCCUGGCGAGCUUUUUGUGUGGCCUGCGUGUUGAUGAUCAGAACUCCUCGCAGGGCGCAGACCCCAUGAAGUGCUGGUCGUUCUGUAAAGUAGGCGGAGGCUUCACUGCCGCUGACUAUCAGGAAAUUCGUCACCACACGGAUGGCAAGUGGAAGGAGUGGGAUUCCAAGAAACCACCAACAGCCUUGAUCGAGCUGGCCGGCGGAGACGCGCAGUACGAGCGACCUGAUAUGUGGAUCAAACCGUCAGAUUCGGUUGUGCUCUGUGUCAAGGCAGCUUCAGUGUCUGUCAGUGACCAGUUCCGCAUGGGAUUAACAUUGCGCUUUCCACGCUUUAAGAAACUGCGCAAAGAUAAAACUUGGAAGACCGCCCUGUCGAUCCAAGAGUUUUUGGACCUGAAGUCAAAUGCAGAGCAGGAGCACCGUGAAAAGGAAUUCUCAGUGGAUAAUUCCCGGAAGCAGAAGCGCGUGAAAAAGACAGGGAAGAAGCCGUUGACCAUCGCCGGGUAUGAAGAGAAGGAAAACGCGCAGUAUCUCGGCCCUUCGGGUCAUGUCUUUGAUCAUCUCAACUUUUUCGUCAUGACGGAAUCGACCAUGCCCGAAAAGAAGACCAAGGCUGAGCUUGAGCAACUGGUCAAGGCCAACGGGGGCAAGAUCUAUCAGACAAAUACAGCCGCACCAGAUACUAUUUGCAUCGCUGAUCGAAAGACGGUCAAGGUUGCAUCAAUACAGAAGAGCGGACAGACCAAUAUUGUUAGACCAUCCUGGCUGAUCGAUUGCGUCAAGCAAAAUGAAAAGGAUGCCGGCUUGCCGGACCUCCUUUUAGCUUUCGAGCCGAGGCACAUGUUCUUCAUCAAGGAGGAUCAAGAUGAAGAUAUUAAAAGGAACGUCGACCAGUUCGGGGACAGCUAUGCUCGCGACACUAGUGUCGAUGAGCUUGAGGACAUUCUCCAGCAGAUGCAGCAUGGCAAAGAUGAGGUCGAAAGCUCAUUAGAUCCCCAUUCAGUCCACAAGAUCGAGGCCCAUAUUCAGGACAAGAUUAAUUCAGGAUACACUGCACCAUGUGGGUGGUUGUUCCGCGGUCUACAAUUUCUCUUCUUUCCAACCCACCAGGCGAAUGGCAAUGAAAGCGGCGAGUCGGAUUCGUCAGGGUCCAUCACGGAGGAUAUCCGUUUGACUCUUGCACGCAACACAGCCCACUUUGCCGGGGCUAGCAGUGUCACUUCGCUGAACAGUCCAGACGUCACUCAUGUCAUUGUCAAUCCAGAGAAAGUCUCAUCGGCAGAUAUAAGGUCCUUGAGACAGUCCUUGGUUGCGAGAUCGGGAAAGAAAGUACCGCAUCUUGUGAGCCUGGACUGGGUGGAGGAAAGUUGGAAGCAUGGGACACUGUUGGAUGAAGAAAGAUUCCAGGUGCCGCGGUGA